AUGGUAGCCUUGGAUUUAUAUAGCAGUACCAGCGGCGUACUGCUUAGGAAAACCCUAAUUUUGGAGGAGGCUGCGCAAGGCUUUGGGAAAACCCUAAUUUUUGUGGAGCGACAAAAGUUGACACCAUUGGUCUAUAAAAAGCCUGUAACUUCUAGCUUGACACACCAAACAAAUCUCUUCUAUAAACAUUCAUACCUCUAUCUUUCAAAGCAAGUGAUCAUCAAAAUGGAUUCGACACCAGCCUUGAGGCGGUCUGAGUCGAUAGCAGAUACUAUGCCGGAGGCUCUAAGGCAGAGCCGGUACCACAUGAAGAGGUGCUUUGCUAUGUUUGUUGAAAAGGGAAGGCGUUUGAUGAAAGUUAACCACCUAAUGGAUGAAAUGGAUACAGUGAUGGCUGACAAAACUGAAAGGGCUCAGGUCUUGGAGGGCUUACUUGGCUACAUCUUGUGCACCACUCAGGAGGCUGCGGUUGUUCCUCCAUAUGUAGCUUUUGCCGUCAGACCAAAUCCUGGAUUCUGGGAAUUUGUUAAAGUGAGCGCUAAUGAUCUAUCGGUUGAGGGUAUUACUGCGAAUGAGUACUUGAAAUUCAAAGAAAUGAUCAUCGAUGAGAAUUGGGCAAAUGAUCAAAAUGCACUGGAAGCUGAUUUUGGAGCAUUGGACUUCUCAAUGCCUCACUUGACUCUAUCUUCUUCAAUUGGAAAUGGAGUCAGUUUCAUCUCUAAGUUCCUUACUUCCAAGACGAAUGAUGGCCAAUGGAGUGCACAGCCUCUCAUCGACUACUUACUCUCAUUGAAUCACCAAGGAGAGAAACUUAUGAUCAAUGAGACCCUCAACACGCCUUCAAAGCUUCAAGGAGCACUGAUAGUAGCAGAAGCCUCCCUCUCUACACAACCCAAAGAUUUGCUUUACCAGAACUUUGAGCUGAGAUUCAAAGAGUGGGGAUUCGAGAAGGGAUGGGGUGAUACUGUUGAAAGAGUUAAGGAGACAAUGAGAACGCUUUCAGAAGUACUCCAGGCACCUGACCCUUUAAACAUGGAGAAGUUCUUUGGUAGGGUCCCAACGAUAUUCAAUGUCGUAUUGUUUUCUGUCCAUGGAUACUUUGGUCAAGAGGAUGUCCUUGGUUUGCCUGACACUGGUGGACAGGUAGUUUAUGUUUUGGAUCAAGUGAGAGCAUUUGAAGAGGAAUUGCUCCUCAGAAUUAAGCAGCAAGGUCUUAAUGGGAAGCCUCAAAUUCUAGUGGUCACCCGACUCAUCCCUGAUUCAAAGGGGACAAAGUGCAACCAGGAGUUAGAACCAGUAAUCGGUACAAAGCACUCCCACAUCCUCCGGGUGCCAUUUAGGACAGAAAAUGGAGUUCUCCGCCAAUGGGUUUCUCGUUUUGACAUUUAUCCCCAUCUUGAGAGGUUUACUCAGGAUGCGACGGACAAAAUCCUUGAGGUCAUGGAAGCAAAACCAGAUCUUAUCCUAGGAAACUAUACUGAUGGGAAUUUGGUGGCAUCUCUAAUGGCAACCAAACUUGGGAUAACCCUGGGAACUAUUGCACAUGCUCUAGAGAAGACAAAGUAUGAGGAUUCAGACUUCAAGUGGAAGGAAUUCGAACCCAAGUAUCACUUCUCAUGUCAAUUCACAGCCGAUACAAUUGCUAUGAAUCAAGCAGAUUUCAUCAUCACAAGCACAUACCAAGAAAUUGCUGGAAGCAAAGAUAGGCCCGGGCAGUAUGAAAGCCACACUGCAUUUACACUUCCGGGGCUUUGUAGAGUUGUUUCAGGCAUCAAUGUCUUUGAUCCAAAAUUCAAUAUUGCUUCUCCUGGGGCAGACCAAUCCGUCUAUUUCCCUCACACAGAGCUGCAGAAGAGACUAACAUCGUUUCGUGCAUCCAUUGAAGAACUGCUCUUUAGUAAAGUUGAUAAUGCUGAGCACAUUGGAUAUCUAGAAGACAGAAAGAAACCGAUCAUUUUCUCCAUGGCAAGACUUGAUGUAGUGAAGAACAUCACUGGAUUAACCGAGUGGUUUGGAAUGAACAAACGGCUGAGAAAUUUGGUCAAUCUAGUCAUUGUUGCAGGUUUCUUUGAUCAUUCAAAAUCAAAAGACAGAGAAGAAAUAGCUGAAAUAAAGAAGAUGCACAUGUUGAUAGAAAAAUAUCAGCUUAAGGGUCAGAUCAGAUGGAUAGCAGCACAGACUGAUAGGCACAGGAACAGUGAGCUUUACCGUACUAUUGCUGAUACAAAGGGAGCGUUUGUGCAGCCUGCUCUAUAUGAAGCUUUUGGCCUUACAGUCAUCGAGGCAAUGAACUGUGGAUUGCCAACAUUCGCGACCAACCAAGGAGGUCCAGCUGAAAUAAUUGUUGAUGGGGUUUCGGGUUUUCAUAUUGAUCCUAACAAUGGAGACGAGUCAGGCAAUAAGAUUGCUGACUUCUUCCAGAAGUGCAGGGAGGAUGCUGAAUACUGGAACAAGAUUUCAGCAGCUGGCUUAAAGCGUAUAAAUGAAAGCUACACGUGGAAGAUCUACGCGAACAAGGUGUUGAAUAUGGGGUGCAUCUAUAGGUUCUGGAGGCAGUUGAACAAGGACCAGAAGCAGGCAAAACAAAGAUAUAUUCAGCUGUUCUAUAACCUCCAAUUCAGAAACUUGGUGAAAAAUGUGCCCACUCCAAGUGAAGAAGCUCAAGAAGGGCCCAAGGACAAAAUCAAACCACAGCUCUCAAAAAAGCAAGUGACCUAACUUCUUCCAAGUCAGCUUUUCUCACAACAAUGGCUUAGGAACUCCUAUAUUUGACAGACAUGCUUCUGUUUUAUUCUUUGAUAUUCUUUGGUUCCUUCCACAGUGGUCCCAUUUUAUUAGACAAACAUGACAUAUGAAAAUUUCUUUGAACAACAGAUGUGACUGCAUUAGGCAAUAACAUCAAGGUUUUCAACUAGUUUUCAAAGGAUACUAAUUGAUUGAAUUGAAAGAAAAAUAAGUUAUUCGAAAAUCCCAUUUUGAAAAUUUUAAAAAAAAGUCCAAACUACCAGCCCCGUAGACUCGAUGUGAGUUUAUUGAAUAGCUUUCCUCCCUACAACAUUGAUAUCCAUUGAAACCCACUGGGGCAUAGUCUAGUUGGCUGCUAUGUCGCUCCUUCCAGAUUAUCAUCAUAGUGUGUAUGAAUCAUAAAAGUGUAUUUUUUUUUCCUGUCCAUCAGGUUCACAGAGUCUCGGUUUUGCUGUUUUAGAUUAUAGUAAAACUAAAUCUAAAUGUGCUUGUGUUUUGUGUCAUCAGGCGCACAUCGUUUCGGUUACAAAGCUUGUUUAGAGCUUGAAAAAGAAUACCCAAUUUACAGAAGUCACUGGGCUCAAAGUGCAUCUUGUACCACCUUAUGUAUGUGCCAUCAGUUUAUAUUUUCGAAGUAUGGUUGUGUGACAAGCUUAAAGCAAGGCUUUGUAUCCUAAAAUAACAAAUAAGGAAUUGCUGUUGAUGUGAUUCAGAUCAACAGUGUUUGAAUUUUUAAAGUUUAUAAACAAG